AUGAAUGCAUCUCAAUGCACAACAACCAUGAAUGAAUUAAGGAACACGACAGGGAUAUACGGCUUUCACGAACUCAAACCUCAGCUGUUUCCCGAAGAUGAGGAAUUAUCCGCUAAGAGACGAGUUUACCCUUACUCGUACUCUCGUAGAGUUAAAGAGGCUAUUCACAUAAGACUUCACCCCAACAACAUCAAUAGGGAAAGUGGAAUUGAGAUUCCUGAAGUUUGGAUGCCUACGAUCGGACAACUGCUGAGGGAACAGUAUUCAGUAUCAUAACUCACCAAUCACGAGUGAGGUUUUGUGAUACACCAAUCAUUAACAACCUGUCCACGGUGGUACUAAUAAUGUUAUUGGUCGAAUUUUAACCUAGUUUAAUUUUCCAUUUUCCAUUUUUAAACCUACGUAUUUUUUUAUGUUAAAACAAUUACAAAUUUACGGUUCAAGUCAUUAUUUCAAAUGCGUAUGUUAUGUUAUGUGUGUGUUAAAUUUCGUAAUGUCAAUGGUUUUGGAAAUGAGAACGUACAUGCAUAGGUUUUUUAGAAGACAUGUUGUGUUUGAGCGUGUUAGUGUUCCCAGCAUCUUACUUGUGGAGUCCAUAGUCAUAUGAGACACAACAACAGAGUACUGUUUGGAAUAAGACACCCAAGCAGUAACUAAGUUUUAGUUUAUUACCCCCCUCCCCUCCCCCCCAAUCGUCAAGAAAACGUUUAUAAACAAAAAACAAAUAUUGGAACAUAACCAAAAGAAACAGCAUUCAACUGAAUGCACAGUAACAAGCCAGUAUCCCGGACAAGAAUUUAGGUAGCACACCUGCUUAUAGCUGACAUAUGGCUGAAUAACGAAGGGUUGUGGUCACACCAUGUUGAAGCUAAAGUUAAAGAAUAUUCCAACCUGCUUAAUUGUGAUUUUUCUAAACGCCAUGAAUGAACUCGAAUAUUUUGCGAUAUUGAUGGAUACUGAUCGAUGUAAUCAAUAUCAAAAGCAGCGUACUUCAAAGAUAUAAAUCUUCAGCUUUUAAAUUAAAUGUCUAAAAGGGUAUCAAGCUUUAUAUAGAGCUUUGUCCAUGAGACAGUCAUAUUUGCAAGUAAACAAAAAGGAUCAUGAACCGACUGAAAAAUGUGAUACAAAAAAGCCUUUUACAAUGGAAAACAGAGACUAACAAAACUAAUGCAUCAAUUAAUCCUCUUUUCCCGUUGCUGGGUCUUAUGAUUCAUUUCUGGUUAAAGGAGCUAAACAUAGAGUGAAUCCGCUAUUUUUCUGUUACUGGCAAACCUUAUUUAGAGUACGCAAGCUGUACAUGAAUGAUCCAUACAUGACAAAACAACUAGAAAAAAUCAUAGGGGGAAAACGUAGUGCAGCAAGGUUGGGGGUAAAACAAUGCCACAAGCAUAUGCCCGAGACAGUCUGUGUGACUAAGCUUAGGCUGUCACUAAAGGCAAAGAAGGAUGGAAGCAAUACUGUUAAUUAUGCAUGCAGUGGUAAAUGACCUCUGAUGUCCUAAAGUGACACCGCGAAUUUUCACAUGCGCCCCAAAAUCGCCAUCGUCGUAGGAUGUGGACCAAAGUAGUCGAUCAUAACGGCCGUAUCAAAUUCGAAUUAACGACAAUAAACCUUGUCAGCGGCUGAUGCAGGUUAUGACAUCGUGAUUAUUUUUUUCGGCUGUAGGUCGCCCUUCGCUUGGCAUCCAAAAUUUGAAAAUAACCUGAGAUCAGAGCAGAAUGGGGGCCUGUUGUUCAUUUUUUCGUUUUGUUACUUACGUUUUUCUCUAGAGCUAAACGACAUGUUUUAAACACCUAACUAUGCAAAAGAACGGUAGAGCCAGAUCAGCAUGUCGACUUUGAGCCGAGUGUUUAUUGGCACCACGAUUCAAGGCGAACACAGCUUCUCAACACACAAAGAAAUUUACCUUAGGAUAGGAAAUAAGAAAAGGCCAUUACUGACCAAACAAAAGAGUUGAAAAGGUUCGAUAUAGAACUCCCAGUGACUCACUUAACCGCAUUCGUUUUCAGAGACAAGAAACAGAAAGAAUAUUUUGUUCUGCAAAUGUUUGCGUCCUCUUAUAACCUUCGUUACAAUAUAUAAAAAUAAACAUUAUUUUUUCUUGCCAAUGAAUGUAUAUGUUACACCUAUUUUAAUUUGUAAUUUUACAGAUUGUGCCUCACCAUUGUUGGUUCCAUUGUGGGGGAAUAAAGUCUAUGCAUCCGUUGGACUCAAUUCGGUACGUUUGGCCUGGAAUUUCGACACUGACGGACUUACAAUAAAAGAGGUUGAGCUGAAAUAUGUUCGCACUAAAAAUAGUGAUAUCACUGUGGCUAGACAACAGCCCGGCCAGCAACUUCAAGUCAACUCAGCAAGUGGCUACGCAAACAGGAUCAUUUUUACCGGUUCGUUGAAACGAAAUAAAGGAACGAUUACUUUUGCAAUAUUAAACGUUACAAAGAGUGACAGAAGAACAUUCAAAUGUGACCUAUCUUUCAACUCAUUUGAUCCACCUAAUGUACAAAGCUCUGUCGAACUUAUUUUGAGGGGUAAGUAUUUAACCCUUAAAGAACAGUUACAGUUAUAA